CCAGAGUUUAAGUCUGUUUCUUCUUUAAGAACAUCAUGAAGUACUGCUGGAGUUUACUCGCUCUACAACUCUUCAUUGUCAAUGGUGUGUUUGGAGUUGACACGGAUGAAAUCAAGUCAGUGAUCGAGGGAGAUUCAGUCACUCUAGACACAAAUGUUGAAAAACUGGAAAGUGAUCUGAUUGGGUGGUAUUUUGGACCUGAAGGCACUCGUCUUGCUCAAAUCAAUGGAAAGGCCGACAGCAUGCGUGUAUAUGAUGAUGUUCUUGAUGGGAGAUUUAAAGGCAGACUGGAGUUGAACAGUAAAACUGGAUCUCUCACCAUCAGAGACAUCACAACUGAACACUCGGGACUUUAUACACUCAGAAUAACCAGUAAUAAAGUCUCAUACACAACAUUCAGUUUAACUGUUAAUGAGAAGAAAUCAGAGACUGAUUAUAUUAAUGUGAUUAAUGAGAUUGAUGAGAUUGGUGUGUCUACUCCCGGUCGAUCACGUUCAGUUUCUUUCACCAUUCUCUAUACGGUAUUUAUGUCUGCAGUAUUAAUUGUUAUAAUCUCAGCUGUGAUCUGCUUCAGGAAACACAGAGUAAAAGGUUUAAUAAAAGUGCAGACUUCUGAAACUGACGUUCUGACUGAAGAAAGACGACACGAGGACAAAAAUCAGCAACAAGUUUGAAGAUUAACUAACUGAUUAUUCUGUUUGUCUUAUUUUUGUCGUUUCUGUUUACAAAUAUCUAAAAAUCCUAUAAAAAAGAAACAUUUUCUUGAGA